CGGAAGCAACAAGUUGCCCAGCAGGCUGACAGGCGGGCGGUUACUCCAUCGUGUUAGCAGCGGCAGGUGGUCAGCGCGCGUCCUCAGCACUUUGUGAAUGGGAUUUUAACUGCAGAGCCUUCAGAGCACCUGGUACUCAUGGACUGCGUAGAAUAACUUCUCUGAAUUUGUUUUACCCUUUUUUUCUCUCGGACGCGGGAAGUGAAGACUAGUAAUUUUGCGUUUUGACUGUUUUUUGACGGGCUGCGCUUCUCUGUGUGCGUAAUGCUCUCUGCGUAGAGCCUGAUCAUACUUUUUUUUUUUAAGGUGGAUAUUGUUGCAUUGUCAAUAAUGGCAUUCGCUAGAUUCAGCAGGAUACUCCGUCUGCCUACUAUUGAGAUGAAAAAGAAAGUCAAGCAGUAUGAGCACGUUCACCGGGACAUCAACCCAAACGAUCUAUGGGAGAUUAUUGGCGAGCUGGGAGACGGUGCGUUUGGAAAGGUCUACAAGGCCAGAAACAAGGAGACAGGAGUGCUUGCUGCAGCCAAACUGAUCGAGACAAAAUGUGAGGAGGAGCUGGAGGACUACAUCGUUGAGAUCGACAUCCUGGCCAAAUGUGACCACCGCUAUAUUGUCAAGCUGCUUGAUGCUUUCUACCAUGACAACAAACUAUGGAUCAUGAUCGAGUUCUGCCCCGGAGGUGCUGUGGAUGCCACAAUGUUAGAGUUGGAUCGCGGACUGACGGAGCCGCAGAUUAAGGUGGUUUGUCGCCAGAUGCUGGAAGCUCUGACCUACCUCCACAGCAUGAAGAUCAUCCACAGGGACCUGAAGGCCGGGAACAUCCUCCUCAUGCUGGAUGGGGACAUCAAAAUGGCUGACUUUGGCGUGUCUGCAAAAAAUACCAAAACCUUACAAAGAAGAGACUCUUUCAUUGGAACGCCAUACUGGAUGGCUCCAGAGGUGGUAAUGUGUGAGACAAUGAAGGAUGCUCCAUACGACUACAAGGCUGAUGUCUGGUCUCUGGGAAUCACUCUGAUCGAGCUGGCGCAGAUCGAACCCCCCCACCAUGAGCUCAACCCCAUGAGGGUGCUGUUAAAGAUCGCCAAGUCGGAGCCUCCCACCCUGGAGCAGCCGCACAAAUGGUCACAGGACUUUAAAGAUUUCCUGAAGAAAUCUUUGGACAAAAACCCAGAGACUCGUCCGACUGUAACACAACUCAUUGAGCACCCUUUUGUGAGAAAGGUGACAUCUAACCGCCCACUGCGAGAGCUGGUGGCCGAGGCCAAAGCUGAGGUCAUGGAGGAAAUUGAGGACAAUAGGGAGGAAGGCGAGGAGGACGACGCCAUGGAGCUCACUGUGUCUCCAGGAAAGGAACCAUGCCAGACCAGUCAGACCAGUUUGGAAGGAGACCAGUCUCUGACCACCCAGACCCCCACCAUACCAGUCCCUCUACCCAGGAAGGGGGCUGAGGCAGAAAGACCAGCAGAGGAGCAGCCAGGCAUGGUGGUCCCUGUCCCUCUACCGCGACAGAGUGUCCCCCCAAAAGAUCCGGAGGAGUUGGGCGACAAACUGGCCGAUGAAGUCAUUCACGAGUCUGAGAAAUCUGAAAGCGAAGCCUCGACGAAGACCUCCAGCUCAGAUUCGGGCAUUGAGGAUGGGAAGAGUACCCCAACAUCUGAGGAAAAGGUUGCUGUGGAGACCCCAGAGACCGAACAGCCACCGUCUCUCACCAAGCCAACAUCUGGGGAACAUGUUGACAUCUUUAUGGUCUCAAACGACCCAGAGGUGCCCAUGGUCAAGGUGACAGAGGAUGAGAGCAGAGUUGUGACUAAUGGAGGCUUACCAACUCCAAGCAAAAGUACAAGUGUCACUCCUGCACCCAGUCCCGCUCCCUCCACUGCCCCCACCCAAAUGCCUACACCCCGCUCUGAGCCCAAUGGGAGCCUCACCCAGGGAACCCCAGACCGGACAUCCACAGGAGGAAACGCAGAGGCUGUCUCACCUUUUAUCAAUGGCGGGAUUAUCAACAAACGGUACUCUUAUUCAGGCAGCAUGGCAUCAGAGAGCAUGGACAUGUCCAGCCACAAGGGGAAUAUCUCAAUGUCUGCAAGGGACUUCUCGAGUAAGACUCUGAAGAGAACCAGGAAGUUUGUUAUUGACGGCGUGGAAGUUAGCGUGACCACCUCCAAGAUCAUCAAGGAUGAUGAGAAGAAAGAUGAGGAAAUGAGAUUCCUGCGACGUCAGGAGCUACGUGAGCUCCGGUUGCUGCAGAAGGAAGAGCACCGCGCUCAGGCUGGUCUGAACACCAAACUGGACUCACAGCGAGAACAAAUGCAGAGACGUUUUGACCAGGAGAUGAAUGCCAAGAAGAAGCACUACGAUGUGGAGCUGGAGAACCUGGAGAAGUUCCAGAAGCAGACUAUUGAGAAGAUGGAGGGAGAUCACCAUGUUAAACUCAAGGAAGAAACCAAACGCAUCAAAUUUGAGCAGGAACGCGACCUCCACAAGUUCCAGGAUCAGAUGAAACACAAGAAAAAAGAGGUGAAACAAUCUGUCGUUAAGCUGCCCAGAAGUCAGCGUAAAGAAUCCUUGAAGCAGAGGAUGACGUCCUUCCAAGAAAAUAAGUUAAAAGACGAGGACACAUUUGUGGCGGCUCAAAGGCAUCAUUUGGACACAACGCUGAACAGAAUCAUCACCAGCAACAAGAGAGAGAUUGCAGAGACGGAGAGGGAAUGCCUUAACAAGAAACAUCAGCUGAUCAGAGAGCGUGAAGCUACAAUAUGGGACAUGGAGGAGAAGAACCUUUACGAGAGACACCAGUUAUUGAAGCAGCAGCUGAAAGACCAGUACUUCCUCCAGAGGCAUCAGCUUCUCAAAAAACACGAAAAGGAGCAGGAACAGAUGCAGUGCUACAACCAGAGAAUGAUUGAGAUCCUGAAAGCUCGGCAGCAGCAGGAGAAGAGCCGCAUGCCCAAGAUCCAGCGCGGCGAAGCCAAGACCCGCAUGGCCAUGUUCAAGAAGAGUCUCCGCAUCAACUCAACAGGCAGCUCCUCGGAGGACAGAGAGAAGAUCAAACAGUUCUCCCAGCAGGAGGAACGACGGCAGAAGGCAGAGAGGCUGAAUCAGCAGCAGAAACACGAGAACCAGAUGAGAGAGAUGAUUGGCCAGUGCGAGUGCAACAUCCGAGAGCUGCAGCAGCUUCAGAAUGAAAAAUGUCACCUGUUGAUUGAGAACGAGACUCAAAGGCUCAAGCAGCUGGAUGAACAGCACAACCAGCUGAUGAAAGAGUGGAGGGAUCAGCUGAAGCCCAGGAAGAAGGCCCUUGAAGAGGAGCUCGGCAUUAAAAAAAGGGAGCAGGAGGCUUUCUUCAGGAUGGGUGAGAGUUCUGAUUGCCCAAACCCAAGUUCACCACAUAAACUCUCCAAGUUUGUGCCUUACCAAGACUCUUCCACCACUUAAACAAAACGAAAACCUGUGACGUUGCACAAUAUCUCCUGGCCACCAAAAACACCCAUUCAACCACCGGCGUUUCAAUGGCCUGCUGCCUUAGUUUGAAUUUGCCUCGUCUGUAACGCAUACCCAUCCCUUCAUUAGGUUCUUUUAAUGUUUUAGUGAGUUUUUAUGUUUUAAGUAAUGUUUCAAGUUUAUUUUUCUUUCUUUAAAAAAGGGUUGUUGUAUUUGAUGGGGGUAAAACUCAUUGUGUGCUCCAUAUGGAUCAUUACUGUAGCAUCUGCUUUCAUACAGCGUUUGGAUUUCUUUUCUUUUGUCAAACUAAUAAUCAGUAGAUAAGAGAAAGUAGUAUUUGGUUAGGAGGAUUAGUUUUUUUCUUAAGGAAGGAAGACCGUUUGUCUUUUAUGAAAGCUGGUGAGCCAGUACAUAAGCACUUUUUGUUAACUAUUGCCUUCUUCCAAAUAUCAUGACCAAAAAUGCACCCAAAUGUACUACUAUACUUACUAGUACAUACAGUCAAAUUUACUGACCUAUUUUUUUACUUUUUCUGUAUGGCUUUGCUCAUUGACCUGUAAAUCCAUAAGUCAGCUGAUGUCAUACAGCUUUUAUUUAUUUUCACUGAAAAAGAACAACCUUAUGAAGACUAAUCACUGUAAAUGUUAAUUUAAUUGUUUUUCUUUUUUUAACACCAUUGGUAUGGAGCAUGUGCUUAGUGCUUAUUAUUUUGCAUCUUAUUUGAAAUGGGGGAUGAGGCUUAAUCCUGAUCAAACUUUAAUUUGUUUCUUUUUAAUGAUUACUAAAGAAUGAGGUUUGACCAGAGUAGGGAAAACUUUUAGGGAAAAAUACUUUUUGUUUCUUUCUACUGUUGUAUUUUUUUACUGUAAGUUCAGUCACACUGGAUGGGGAAGUGAACUGAUGAAGCCAAAGCAAAAUACUGUUGUUCAAUGAAGGACAUUAGAUAGGGGAUUUAAAUUUGAAUAAAAACAUAUGUAUUAGGUUUAUAAUUGUUAUACCAUGCGCAGUGAAUGUACUGCCUGCUAACCAAAGUGCAAUAUUCCAUGUCUGUCUUUGCUAAGCUUAAAGAGGUUUAUUUGUUAUUAAAGUUUGCCUUCAAUUGCACUGAGUGGGGGAAAUAUAUGAAGAGUUAAACUCCAAAAGAUAGGUGUAAUAAACCUCUUGAAAGAAAGAGCAUUGCUAGGAAAUUCUCAAUUCUUCAUAAUCAUUACUUUAUGGAAAGCAAUCAUUCAUAUUUUUCACUUAUUUUGGAACAUAACUCUUCAUAUCAUGUUGAAGGGAGUGCAACAAUUUAGCCUGCUGUUAGAUGCGUCUGUUUAAUCUUAAACCUAAAGUUUGCAGCUGAGGAAAGUGUUGCCUUGUUUAGUGAGAGAAAGUGUUUUUAUUUUAAAGUAAUUUGACCUAGAUAUUUACUUUGAACUGGGUCAGCAAUCAGGUACAGCUUUAUCUCUCUCUCCCUCACAUUUUCCCAAACGUAUUUAAAUUUGUUGUAAAAAUGAUCUUUUCUGUCAUGUUUAAUGGCUCCAUGUAUGCCUUCCUCUCUGUUGCAGUUUACAUGAUAUUAUUUGUAUUGAGGGGUUGUGAGUGUGAAUGAAACUGUAUCAGAAGGAACCACUGUUGUAAAUAAUAACUCUUAAUAAAGGCAGAUUUUCUAAAUA